AUGGUGUUAGAGGAAGCCGGAAGCUGGAGUGAACUCGCAGACCAUAGUUCAACCCUCCCGGCGGAAGGAUUUGACAGUACUGGCGUCAAGGGCAAGCAGGGAAAUAGUGGCAUGCUUUCAUUCCUCAGUCGGAAGAAGGGACGGGAUCGCAGCCCUAAGCCCACCGAACCAGGUGUUUUGGGCAAAGAAGGAGCCAGACAGAUCAUCAGCUGA